GGACGCGGUGACGUCACCCGGCGUGAGGCUCAGCAGGGGUCGGGGUGGGCCCCGAGAGCAGUGGCAGGAAGGCUGCCCAGGCUUUCGGGCUGGGGGCGGAGGCGGAGGCGGCCGCCUCACGCUGGCACCGGGGCACCGGAGCCCUCGUCUGGUGUGCUGAGCUUCGCCGCUCAGGUGUGAGCAGGAAGCCCCGAGAUCGGUCCCAGGCUUGUCCGGGGGUGCCCAAAGCCUCCCUGACCAGGCUGGCCUGGGCCGGGACUGAAGGUCCAGAUGGACUCUCGCACGUCCCUGAGCAGUGUCUAGACCGCGCACUGUAGCCCCACACCUCGAGAUCCCAGCACAAAGACGGUGAGUGGCUAGGUCAUGCCCACUCCGUACCCUCAGCUCCACCACGGAAGAUGCUGCCAUCCGACCGGCGCACCCCUCGAGAGCCACGCCUGUCUCGGGACUUGGGUUUGGCCGCCCCAAAAGAAGGGGGUGGCGCGACCAGUCCCAAUCCGUGCAUGAUGUGAGAUGCGCCCAACUCACCCCAACUUACACAGCUUCCGAAGAUCUGGGACCGAAACCAGAGAUGCGAUGAUGCUUGACACCUCCAGGCCCUUCGAGGAGGAGGCAGUUUUGUUGAGAAACUUUGGCAUUCUAGGAGCUCCAGUUAGCGACUGAUAGAAAGUUAACCUUUACCAAGUCGUUGAGAGGUUGGACAACUGUCUGGUUACUGAAUAGCUCCAGAGAAUGGAGGGGACCCUUUCAGCACUAGGCAUUUUGGUCACCUUCUUUCCAUAGGAGAGCUAGACUUUCUAAUGUGCAGCUACCGAAAGACAAUGAACAUUCACUUACUUCAGUAAAGUCUGAGAAAAAGCGCCCAUCCACCAGUUGUACCGACCCCGAAAUGGGCACUGAAAGUGAUGCUUCUAGUGAAAGAGAGUGUGUGUAUUAUUACCAAGCUCAAAUAGGGAGUUCUUUCCUAGCUCAACCCACUGAGGAUCCAGGUCUAGCCCUAGAGGUGAGCAUGGAGCCACAAACAGUGACCCCUGGCAACUGGAAGCCCCCAUCCCAGGAAUCAGUGACAUUCAAGGAUGUGGCUGUGGAUUUCACUCAAGAGGAGUGGUACCUCCUGGACCCUUCUCAGAAGGCUCUCUACAGGGAUGUCAUGCUGGAAACAUCCCAGCACUUGCUUUCCCUGGGGCUUACAGUUCCCAAAUCAGAUCUGAUUUCCCAGCUGGACCAAGGGGAAGCACCAUGGAUGUUGGAACAAGAAGAGCAAAGUAAAUUCUGUCUAGAUGGGGAAACCACACCUCAGACCAAGGAGGCUUCCUGUGACUUUAAUUUGAAAGAAUCCUGGCAUUGUGAUAUCAAGUUAGAGAAUAGGCAACAUAAAUGGGGGAGUCACUCCAGACAAUUAAAAAUGAUCUUCAGGAAAACCCCAGGUGAAGAGAGAGAUGAUGAAUAUAAUAAAUUUAAGAGGAAUUUUACUCAAGGGUCAACCCUUUCUGCCCAACCAAGAGUCCCCAUAGGAAAGAUUCACCAUGAAUAUGACAAAAGUCAAAGGAGCUUUGGACAAUAUUCAGACCUAAUUCAGUGUAAGAAAUUCACCUCAGGGAAUGGACGUUCCAAAUAUCAUGAAUAUGGGGGCUGCUUUAAAGAGAAGAGAGAAUUCAUUCAGUGUCAGGAGAAGCAUGUGGGAGUGAAAGAUUUUCAAGGUAAUCACUAUGAGACAGCUUUCAGUUUGAUCCCUGACUUUAUUAGUCAACAGAAAAGUCCUCCUAGAGAAAUGCCUUCUAAAUGUAAUGAAGAUGAUACGGGCUUCAUCCAUCACUUGUCUCUUAGUUUACGUCAGAAAGGUCAUAUUAGAGGGAAAUUGCAUGAAUGUAAUCAGCGUGGGAAUACCUAUUUUCAAAGGGCAGAUCUUGUAAAAACUCAGAAAACUCACAGACCGGAAAAACCUUGUAGAUGCAAUAAAUUUGGGAAGGCCUUCCCCCAGGGAUUACCCUAUAUUUCACCUCAGAGGAUUCAUUCUGGAGAGAAACCUUACAAAUGUAAUCAUUGCGCAAAGGUUUUCAGAAAGCCCUCCCAACUUGCAGUACAUCAGAGGAUUCACACUGGAGAGAAGCCCUAUAAAUGUAAUGAAUGUGGGAAGGACUUCAGAUGGAGGGCAAACUUUAUUAUACAUGAGAGGAUUCACACUGGAAAGAAACCUUACAUAUGUAAUCAAUGUGGAAACGUUUUUCAAAAGCCCUGCAACCUUGCUGAACAUCUGAAAAUUCAUACUGGAGAGAAGCCAUAUAAAUGUAAUGAAUGUGGGAAAGCCUUCAUUCAAAGAGCAAAGCUUAUUGUACAUGAGAGGGUUCAUACUAGAGAGAAACCUUACAAAUGCACUCAUUGUGGAAAGGCUUUCAGACAGUCCUCCCAUCUUGCUGUGCAUCAGAUGAUUCAUACUGGAGAAAAGCCUUAUACAUGCAAUGAAUGUGGAAAGGCCUUCAGACAGAGCUCAUCCCUUAUGGCACAUCACAGAAUUCAUUCUGGAGAGAAGCCCUAUACAUGUAAUGAAUGUGGAAAGGCCUUCAGACAGAGAUCAUCCCUUAUGGCACAUCAUAGGAUUCAUUCUGGAGAGAAGCCCUUUAAAUGUAAUGAAUGUGAAAAGGCCUUCAGCCAGAAGUCAUCCCUUAUGGCACAUUACAGGAUUCAUUCUGGAGAGAAUCCGUAUACAUGUAAUGAAUGUGGGAAAUCCUUCAGCUGGAGUGCAAAUCUUGUUGCACACCAGAGGAUUCACACCGGAGAGAAGCCCUAUAAAUGUCAUGAAUGUGGGAAGACCUUUACUCGGAAGUCUUUUCUCACUGUACAUGAGAGAAUUCAUAAUGGACUGAAACCUUGUGAGUCUAUGUGAAGUGGAAAUACUUUUAACUGGAGAGAAGACCUUAAAAGAUACCAGAAAAUUGAUAUUGUUCAUGAAGUUAUAAGAUGUAAUGAAUUAAAUUAAAAUCUCAUGUUUGUCAUUUUUUGCUAUACAAUAAUAUUCUAGUAUAUUCAUAGACCAUAACUCUUCAGCCAUUCCCCAAUUGAUUGACAACCUUUUUAUCUGAAGUUCUAGCUACAACAAAAAUUGCUGCUGUUAAUAUUUUAAUGUAUAGUGGACCUUUUAAUCUUAGACUGUGAACUAAAAACUAUGAAUAUUUUAAUUAUUUUUCCUGGACAAUUUCUUGGGACUUUAAAAAAAUAAAAUGUGAUUUUUUUUGUAAUUAUGUGCUUGACAAAAUACCAGCAAAUGAGAAUUUUCAUUUUAAAAAAGGGAUUAUACAUGGAAACACAAAUUCCUAUUACAUACAACUUUUUGCAGUUUUUUAAAGAAAUAUAUUAUUUUAUCUUUUGUAAUGGCCUCUGUCCCUUAUUUGGUUAAGAAUGCAUCUCUUCCCCAUAGCUGUGAAAACUAUAUGAUCUCUUUCUCUAGUUUUUAAUGCUAUGAUGUUAACACUAAGGAGUAUGUAUCCACUGAGAAUUUAUUAUUGAAUUUGGUAUAAUAAUUUGACCUCUGCCUUCUUUCUAGUUUUCUCAGCAGUAUUUAAUGAAAUAGAUAGUAAUUUAUGUUUUCAGGAUUAUUUAACACUGGGUUCUGUUUAUUUCUGAUUCUUCCAUGUCUAGGCUAUUCCAUUGAUCUACUUCUCUGUGUUUUUUAAAUCAACACCAAAACAUUUAGAAGAUUGAUGAUUUAUGGUAUAAUUUGAGGUCUGGAUAUGUUAUUUCCCUCUUCAUCCCUACCUUUUUUUCCACUGUCUUCCUUCAUAUUUUAGAUCCUUCGUUUCUGCAAAAGAAUUUUAUUUUGCCAUGUCCUUUAACGUAUCUCUUUGAUAGUUUAAUUGGUGUAAGAUUAAAUCUAUAAAUUAACCUUGUUAAUAUUGUUGUUUUUAUCAUAUUAGCAUGGCCUAGCCAUUAGCAAUGAAUAUUUCUCCAUCUAUUAAAUUUAUUUUUUCAUUGCUGUUCAGAAAUGGAAGGUCCAUGGGUGGGAUAUAUUGCAUAUAUUUUCAGAUUUUUUUAAUCUGUUUGUCAGUUUUCCUAAUUUCCCACUUUUUUCUUUUUAUUUUUUAAAAAUAUUUGUUAUGUCAGUUGACUCUUGGAGAAGGGGGAGGAAUAAAAGGGAAGAUUAUGGUGUGAAAAAGCAAUAAAAAUUUAUUUUUAAAAAUAUAAAAAUGUAUAUAAAAUAUUU